GGUAUAUGUGUUUUUAUCCGGUGUUAAUGUUUUACCUCCCAAGAGGCCUACAUAGCUGCUGGGUGUCAUAGGCGUAUGAGAGGCCUAACAUUAGGAAUCUCAUUAGCACGUGGACUGCCCCGUGACACGCCGGUGUGUCACAUUCGCCAUAGGGAAGAGCAGUGGUUCCAAAUCCCUUGGCGGUUGUUUUUGGAUCAGUGGUGAUUUUGACAGAAAAUGACAUUCACUGGAUACUCAUGCUUUGUGGAGGAAAUUGACUUCCACGAAAUCUCAGUGGAAGAAGUCAUAGGGAAGGGUUCUUUUGGCAUGGUUUGCAGAGCAAAGUGGCGAGGUAAUCUUGUAGCAGUGAAGCUCAUUGAAUCAGAAUCAGAAAGGAGGGCCUUCAUGGAAGAAGUGCGCCACUUGUCUCGAGUGUCUCACCCUAAUGUUGUCACCCUUUAUGGGGCUUCUACCUCUAAUAGGGUCUGUCUUGUGAUGGAGUUUGCUGAAGGUGGUUCUCUCUAUGAAGUUCUCCAUGGGAGUGCUCAGCCAGUGUACACAGCUGCACAUGCUUUGAGUUGGGCCCUGCAAUGUUCUCGUGGAGUGGCAUAUCUGCAUGGAAUGAAACCCAAGGGACUUGUGCAUCGGGAUUUGAAGCCUCCAAAUCUGCUGUUGGUGGACUGUGGACGUACCCUGAAGAUUUGUGAUUUUGGAACUGCAUGUGAUAUUCGUACAUACAUGACAAAUAGCAAGGGAAGUGCUGCCUGGAUGGCCCCUGAAGUUUUUGAAGGAAGUCGAUAUACAGAGAAGUGUGACAUAUUCAGCUGGGGCAUCAUAUUAUGGGAGGUGUUGACACGCAGGAGACCAUUUGAAAAUAUAGGUGGGAAUGCAUUUAGGAUCAUGUGGGCUGUGCAUAUGGGAGCACGACCUCCUCUCAUUCACAAUUGCCCUCCUCCUCUGGAGGCUCUCAUGGUCAGGUGUUGGGAUACAAAACCUGAAAGAAGGCCAUCAAUGGAUCAAGUGGAGAAUUUCAUGUCCCACAUCUGUACUUUCUUCCCUGGGGCUGACAUUCCCCUCUACUACCCUCCACCAAAAAUUCAUGCUAUUCUUGUGGAGGUGUGUGGAAGUGGUGCAGUAGACCAGAGCACAGUGUCUCAUUGGGCCACACGUUUUCGUUGUGGGCGGGAGAGCAUAAACAACGAUCCAAGGUCUGGCAGACCAGUUUGUGCAAUAAUGGACGAAUCAGUGCAACGUGUGGCCAAUGUGAUUGAAGAGGAUCGCCGAAUGACCUGUGAGGAAAUUUCUCAAGAUACUGGGAUAUCAGCCACGUCAGUGUUUCGCAUUCUCACCCAGCAUCUUCACAAAAGAAAAGUGGCAGCCAAGUCUCGUGAGUGCCCCACCACUAUACCAACUCAGUGGCUCAAGUCCAUUCAAAGUGGUAGCGCAUUAGAUUUCUUUUCCCGAGUCUGUGUCAUGGAUUUGACGAAAGUUGAACAUCGUUCAGUGAUGAAAUUCCUCACCAAAGAAGGGAAAGCACCUAAGGAGAUUCAUGAACGUGAGAGAAGUGAAAGGAUAUCAGUUGGGGAUUCUGAAGAGGAUGAAGAAAGAUGGACUGAGGAUGAGAAGGAAGCAGCCAACACUGAACUUGGCAGAUAUAAAAAGGGUCAGAACAAAGUAUCAGACUCAAGAAUAGAGAGUCAUGUUACUCUCAAAAAACCCUAUCUUCCAGAGUUUCCAGAUAUUGGUGCACUGAAGGUAGAGGUGGAGGAAGAAGGACGACAUGAGAAGGAUCUUCCACUGGACACUCUGAUGGAAAGUGUAACCCUGAGACCAAAGACUUUGAGCCCUCCAUCUCAAAUGGCCUUGCCAAUGGGAGUGAAAAGAAGAUCCACAGACCUCUCUUCCCUUGCUUCAUCUUCUUUCUCCGCUCAUACACGGGCCAAAGCCCUUGGUCACAGAAGGUCUUCAUCUUAUGGAUCAGCUGUGGCUGGGAGCAAGUGCAGCAGUGAAUUCAGAGGAUCUCAGUAUCUCCAACGGUCCACAUCCAAUCUCUCCUUUGACAAUGGAGAAGAUGACCUUCUGGACACUGCUUAUCUUCUCUUGGAACCAGAAAUACAUCCCAUUCCCCCCUGCAGUGACUCUCAGCAGUCCAUUGAAAUUUUUCAGAAGCAUAAAAAAAUGGCCAUUGGUUAUUUGAGGGCAAGAACAGAGAGACUUCAUCUCCAAAGAUACAUGGAGGAGCUACAGAGGCAGAAGAGAGAAGCUGAAGUGGCAUCCCAGAGAAGUUUGGAAGUUGGUGGCAACCCUGAUCUUGCCCAAGAAAGAAUAAAUGAAUAUCUAGAUCUCAUGAAAGAAAAAGAGGACUUGGAGAAGUUGCAUGAGAAUUUAAGAAGGCAACUGGAGUUGAUGCGAAGACACCAUGGACGUCUUGCUCUUUCUGCUGCUUUCUCUCCAUGAUUCCAGCUUACCCUAUGAGACAAGGAUACAUGGCUGAAAAAAUGAUGUUGACAAGCUUAGCAUUGCAUUCUGCCUUGAACAGAAGAGCCUGAUACAGUACUGACUUCAAUUUGAGUCAGUCUUCACAUUGAGAAGUUCUGCAGGCUUUGCAAACCAAAAUAGCAAAGUUUUUGUCAAUUAAAUCAGGAAUGGAUUCCUUUCUGAGUUUUUCUGUUUAUCCCAUCUCAUAUAGGUGACAUCUAAGUUUUUUUUAAAGAAAUGCAGUUGAUUCCUUGAAGGGUUCUCAUACUGAAUCAUGGAAAGAUCAAUGUCACUGAAUGGUUGUUGGGCAGAAAAUGACUCCUGGACACAACACAUGUGUUUUUCAUUUCUCAUCAGAGAAAUUUAUUCAGGUGAAUAUUAAAAAUAAAUAAAUAA